UAUAGUUUUGGUAUGAUUAUGUGGGAAUUAAUGACAGGUAGAAGACCUUUUUGGGAUAAAAAUCAUGACGCAGAACUUAUUAUCGAAAUAUGUGAUGGAGUUCGUCCUCCAAUUGUUACAAAUGCACCUGAAGGUUAUGUUGAAUUGAUUAAAGAAUGUUGGCACUCUGAUUCAAAUAAAAGACCAACAGCUAAUGAUCUCUCUAAUAUUUUUAGCUAUAAUGGUAAAUUAGAUUAUUAUAAAGAAUAUAGUAACUACCCAACUAAAAUUAUAAAGUCACCAGAUAUUGGACCUAUAGUAAAUAAUCCAAAUGCCGUCUAUAAAAGCAGGCCAUUAAGUGCAAUGGUAAAAUCUGCAGAAUCAACCAGAAGUUUAAAGAUUCAAAGAUAUAAAUCUUUUAAUGGUAUCUUUUAUUUAAAUUUAAUAAUCGGGUUUUAUUGUUAAUAUUAAAUACUAAUAAUCUUACAAAACACUUUUAAGAGGGUAAAAGAAUGAUUAAUGAUAAUUCGAUUGAAGACACUGGAAAUAGUGGUAAAAAAAAAAUCAUUAAACUACUAAUAAGUUAAUUGAUCAUAUUUUUUAUAAUUAUUUUUUUUUUAUUAUUAAAAAAAUUAUUUUAGAUAAAAUCAUUAAAAAAAUUAAAUUAAACAAAAACGAUGAUUAUUUGUCAAAAGAACUUGAAUUUGACAUUGAU